CAUAGAAGGUCUGGUCUUGCUCUCUCUCUCUCUCUCUCUCUCUCAAGCUUUCGCUCAUUCGAAACAAGUACCCAGCAAAAUCGAUAAUGGCGGAUUCGUUGAGCAUUGGUCGCUUCCUUUUUCUCAAUCCAUGGUUACUCCACUUGCAGAAAAUGUGUCUAGAACUCAAGUGUUCCGUAUGCUUGAACUUGCUGAAUCGACCAUUAUUGAUGCCAUGCAAUCACAUAUUAUGCAGUUCUUGCAUUCCAAGAACAACAGAGUUCGGAUCCGAGUGUCCCGUCUGUAGAUCACCUUUUGUUCACAAAGAUUUAAGGCCGGCUCCUCACAUGGAAAAUAUUGUUAGCAUCUAUCGGAGUAUGGAUGAAGCCUUUGGUGCUAAUCUCUUGCAUUGGGUUCCUCAAAGUCAAAUUGAUCUGGCUGAUGUGGGAAGGGCAUUGGAUCAAUUCCCGGCUACGUUUACUACUGUUAUUGAUGAUAGGUCGAGGAAGGAACCCAUUAACGCCAUGCGAAUGGGAAUCUCUGGCUACCCAUCAUCAUCCACAGCAUCUUUGCAUGUUAAUGAACUAGUUCAUCUUCCUACACAUCAUUCGGAAGUCAGAGUUGAGAGAUCUAGAAGACCUGAUGAAUCCAAUGUGCCAAGUAAUGGUGAUGCAGUGAAAAAAUUAGGGCAAUCGGUUGGGGAACAGAGGAAAUUUCAUGGUGAAGGGUGUGCUAAUUCAUUGCAGCCUCAGCAGCUUAGAGAUGAGAAACUUGGUGCAAGCAGAGGUUCAGAAGAUGAUUUGAAUAAUUUCACACAGACAUCCUAUGACAGCCCACCACCAUUCGGCGAUGGGAAGGAUUCAGAUGAUGACAGCAAUGCCCGUGGUAGCCAGCAUAGUGUUGACAAAUUCUCAGCCAAAAGCAUGUUGAAGGAGUCAGUGGAUGGAUUUGUCAAAGAGAUGGGUCAAGGACCAUUAACUCAACCUGGAGAAGAUCAUGGUAGGGAAUCAAAGAGAAUGAAGUUGAACUAUGAUCCUAUAGAUACUGCCACAGAAAAUGGCAUUCACAGGUUACCAUUUUUGGAUUCUGAGAAUGUGUUGAUGUCCCAACCCAAACACAAAAACGGAUUAUCUGCUUCGGCUGUGCAAUCAUCAGUUGGUCCAGACUGUUCAGAUUCAAAGUCAACUGUAAUAUGUGCAUUUUGCCAGUCAUCUAGUUUGUCACAGUGUUUUGGACCAAUGAUGCAUUUUUCCAAUGGAAAGGAAAUAGUGGCAGAUGAGGCAGCUCAACCCAAUGUCUUGCAUGUACACAAGAAAUGCAUUGAAUGGGCGCCCCAGGUGUAUUUUGCUGAUGAUGCUGUUCAUAAUUUGGAGAAAGAAAUUUCAAGGGGUGCAAAGCUCAAGUGCAGCCAUUGUGGGCUGAAGGGUGCAGCCCUUGGUUGCUAUGCAGAAUCCUGCCGAAAGUCUUUUCAUGUUCCCUGUGCAGUACAAAUUGAAGGUUGUCGGUGGGAUACUGAAAAUUUUCUAGUGCUUUGUCCUACUCAUUCAUCAAAAAAAUUUCCAAAUGAGAUCUCCAAGCUUGGGAAGAGGAUGAGAGGUUGCCAUGCUUCAACAAAUAAAAUGAAUUGUAGUCAAUCCAUCAAAUCUGCUGGUAAUCCUGAAGGAUGGGUUCUAUGUGGAUCUUCUCUCUCUGUUAUAGAGAAGAAUAUUUUGGCCAAGUUCGCAAAAAUGAUUGGCGCUACUGUCGCAAAGGUUUGGAAGCCAAAUGUCACCCAUGUCAUUGCAGCCACAGAUGAGAUGGGUGCCUGCAGCAGGACCGUGAAAGUCCUUAUGGCCAUCUUGCAUGGAAUAUGGGUCUUGAAAAUUGACUGGAUAAAAGAUUGCUUGGAAGCUUUGCAACCUUUGCCCGAAGAGCCGUAUGAAGUCCAACGUGACAUUCAUGGUUGUUGCAAUGGCCCCAAAAAUGGCAGACUUAGGAUGGUGAAGGCACCAAGGCUAUUUACUGGCCUGGACUUCUACUUCUUUGGUGAUUUUGUGCCAUCAUACAAGGAAUGCCUCGAGGAUUUAGUGUUGGCUGCUGGGGGUACCCUUCUUAAGAACAAGGGCAUGUUACUCCCACAAGAUAGUGAACAGGAAACUUCCUCAACCUUCAUUGUUUACAACCAUGAUGCCCCGGAAAAUCGUACAUCGGUGGAGGAGUAUAUGGAGUGUAGAUUAAAAAAAGCAGAAGAUUUUGCUGCUGAAUUUGGAUGUCAGGUCAUUGGACAUACUUGGCUUUUAGAAUCAAUAGCAGCUUGUGAGAUUCAACCUCCUACUUGCUAAUUUGAAUAGUGUACUAACUUAUUGAAUAAGGGGCAUGUGAUCUUUUCUUUCCCUUCUGCCCUGUAUCUAAUUGUUGUUUUGUUAUUUCAUUUGAUCUUGAACAUCCUAAGGUGACAUAUUUUAUAAAUAGAUGUUGUAAGUAUUAUU